AUACAUACCUCUCGUGUCAGACAGCUCGUGCUCCGUGUGUCCGCCCGCAUACCUGCGUUUUCCUUAAUUCCAAUGGAAUAAUUUGUUUACAAUUAUAAAGUUAUAUUGGUAAACAAUAUAUUUAACUAGUAUAAACAUAUUUUAAUAAGUGUCGUUGUUUUUACCACGUAGACAACGUUGGUCCAAUCAACUUUGAACUAAUUUUUCAAUAAUUGGAGAAAAAGAAGAAACUAAUCACAUUCAACUAUGUCCGCUGUUGAAAGCGCGCUGGACGUCUUGUCUCGGGCAGCUACGAUGAUGCAAGAAGAACGUCCAAAAACAGCGAGUUUGCAUAGAAAGCCAAGUAGCGCGUGGCGAAAAGAGCGUAGGAGGGACCCUAUUCAGAGCGAGGCCCUCGACAUGUCGGCUGCUAGGGUACAUCACAAUCGACCUAGCGUUAUUGUUCCAGCUGCACCUCAACCCGGAACCACCGUCGAAGAUACCGCAGUAAGACCUACACCAACAGCAACACCUUCAGCAGCGAUAGGUGGUCAACGAACUGGAAUUAAAAAAUCGGGUAUUGUCAGUGAUCCGGCUAUAGAUGAGCAUUUCAAGAGAUCUUUAGGCUUAGAAGAAUAUGCGGCAGUAUUCAAUGGUUCUUCUUCCAAUACAGAUAAAGAAACAGGAUUAAGUGUGGAUGACCAUUUCGCGAAAGCACUUGGUGAAACUUGGACAAGGUUAAAAGCAACUCGUCCAAGUAAAGAAUCAACAUAACAUUAUGGGAUAGCAAUAAAGUCAGCAUAAAUAAUUGCUUACUUCUUUAUGAUUUAUUUUAUGAGUGUCGCAAUUCCAUUAGUCGCUAAUUAUUAUAUACAUACAUAAUAUAAUAUAGUGAAAAAGUAUUUUGGUAAUACUUACCAGAUGGCUUCCAAGUGAAAAUUUAAACG